GUGGUAAAAAUAAAAGUAGAAAUCAAAUAAAUAGUGACCAAAUUGUAUUUAUGUCCAAUAGAAAUUUUAAUGAAUCACUGUCCAAUAAAAAAUCAACAGCGUGCAAUAGUAAUUGAUCAUCGUGGACACGGAAAAGUGGCUCGGUGAUCCCUUAGUCAAUUAUUAUUUAAACCAUAUUUGAGUUUUUGGGUGGAUUAUUUAUAUGAUAAUAUGGCAUCGCGAGUUAAUCAGGGUAUACAGAGAGUUCUGGAUAACUUAGAGGCUUCUGUUAAUUCUGGAAAUUACUAUGAGGCACAUCAGCUAUACAGAUCACUAUACUUUAGGUACCUCGGUCGGAAAAGGUAUGCAGAUUUACUUGAAUUACUGUAUAAUGGUGCCAUGCUACUUCUGCAACGUGAUCAGCACGCGAGUGGUGCUGACUUAGGAAUUUUGUUCAUCGAUGUGUUGAAUAGAUCCCAGACAGAACGUACCAAAGUUUACUUCGAGAAGAUAACGAAUUUGUUCAGUAUUAUGAAGCAGGGAACACCUGAGAGAGAGACCUUCCUCCAUAAUGCACUUGGGUGGAGUUUGAAGCAUACGAGUUACAAGUGGGGACAUCCUGACCUUCAUAAGCUUAUUGCCGAGGUAUUUUGGCAAGAAAAGAAUUAUACAUUGGCUAAGCAGCACUUUAUCUAUAGUCAUGAUGGCGCCGGAUGUGCAGCAAUGCUCGUAGAGAUUCAUCAACAACGUGGGUACUCGAACGAGGUUGAUCUUUUCAUAGCCCAAGUUGUUUUACAGUACCUUUGUCUACGCAAUGCAUCAGCAGCACAGGAGGCCCUGGAUUCUUACACGUCCAGGCAUCCAAAAAUAAAUAAUGGACCCCCUUACCUCCUACCAUUACUCAACUUCUUGUCGUUUCUGUUAAAGACAAUUCAACUUUGCUCACACGAAAUGUUCCUCAUACUCUGUGAGCAGUACCACUUGAGUCUCAACAGAGACCCAAGUUAUCGUAUAUACCUUGAGAAAAUAGCCCAGCUAUUUUUUAAUGCCCCAGCGCCACGUCCCAAACGUCAAGGUCUCUUCGGUAAUCUGCUCGAGUCACUGUUCGUUGGUCUCGAGGAUGAGGACUCCGACAUGGAGGAGCAGGCCACAAGACAGAGUAGUGCUAGUGGUGCAUCCACCUCGCAAGCUCCCCAAGAACUUGACUGAUUAUCGAGGCCACUGAAAAUGUAUGAUAAUGUAGUAGAGCAGAUAUUUACAAUUUCGUUUACAUUUCUUUCUUUCGCAUAGACAAGUUUUCACACUCGGUUAGUGCACCCAUUGAUUCAUGAGGAUGAGUUUUAGACCCUGAAGAAAAAUAGAAAAUCGUUAGCUCUUCCUUUUUGAACGAGAAGUGCAAGGAUUAUGAUUGACGAUGAAUGUGAGCAACAUAACAGCGAAAUUUGGUGUAAAUUAUUUUUACUAUUUUUAUCCAUCUUCUAAAAUUAACUUCUUACAGCUAUUGACGCGCUGAAUAAAAAGCAGUAAAUGGAAAUUUGAAUUUCUAUUGGAGAACUCAAGAGAAUAAUCCUGUCAGAUUUCUUAUGGAAUGAUUGUGACAAAUGCAGACUUCCUGCAGAAUUUCUUUCAACAAGAUUUCGAAUUUCCUGCGCACUGAGAGAAAAAAAAUAUUUUCCUAAACAAGUCUUGUUUGAACCAAAAAAAUCUGUAGUUGAAAAUUUUAAAAUAUAAAAUCUACUGCUGACCAUCUCAGGAUUGUACUGAGAUGGAAAAUUUUUGUUGGAAAAAUAGUUUUAGUAAUUAAAAAAAAAAUUCUCAGAGAAAGCGUUAGAUUUUCCUGUUCAAUUUUUUGUAUCCGUGCUUGUAUGACCGUGGAUGGCUGUUAGUUGUUAAUUUUCGAUUAUUUGAAGGAGAUAACAGAACAUUUGCUGCCGAAAAUUAUCCAUAUUUUUCGAAAUUCAAAAAAGCUCAUCAAUCUUCAAGAUCAUCAGAUGAAGAUCGAUGUGCUUUGAUGUCGAAAAAUAUUAAUAACUUUGAGCAGGAAAUUUGUUCGAAAAUUUCGAAGAAACGGUGGUAUUCCGUUACACCUUAAGGGUUGAAGACAAUGCAUCACAUUUCAACUCCUCGAUGCCUUUACGUUCUCAUCUAGUCUUGAGGUAAAUUCAAGACUUAGUGGUUACCCCUGGGUAUCGACAAUUUAUCUAUUGACAUUGAUCUAUCAUCUAAUUAUUUAUUGAUUCCUUUUGUUUUUUACUGUACGAUAUCUUUCUGUUGAAUCAUGGGGAAAAGGUAAUGAUAAUACAUGAUAAAAGAACACGAAUGAAAAAAUUUAAUAGAAAAAACUAGCGAAUUUGCUGGACAAUUCUAUUGUAUUUCUACUGAACUUUCUAUUAGUUUGUGGCCAAUUCUAUUGAAACGUUGAAUAGAAAGUAGUCAAUAGAAGCAGUCAAUAAAAUUUUAUUUUUCUAUGCAACUUAUUCUAUUCAGAUAUUUUCUAUGAAAUUUCCUCGACUCAAA